GUGCCGGUUUAUUCUCUGGUAGGGUUGCACCUACUCUCAUUAAUGAUUUGGUACUUGACUGAUGCAGGUACUUGGGGUCCUAUGGUCAGGAACCAUCUGAAGGUUGUCACUGUUUGCGGUGAAGAGGACUUCUUGUGUAAACACAAGACGUUCUCUCUUAUCUCUCCAUUAUUUGCAGCGAAAUAUAAUUGUUCCACAUUCCUCGUAAGCAAAACAAAACUGUUUCUACUCCCCUUAACGUGCCAGUAAUAUACUCUUCUCCGGAAUUUUGGUGAGAGUCUGAUAAUUGCGAACAUGUCGAUUACGAGAACCAACUUUACAGUACGCAGUAUUUUAGAUUUGCCAGAUCAACGUGCAAUGGACAACCUUAAUGAUUGGGAUCAAGGAGGUGGAAAGGUUACUCAAUCUUCUACCAUGAGGAGCGAGCUGGGCACACGCCCGCAACAAGACUAUUCUAAAUUGCCUUAUUCUGCGUGGUUUGGUUCUGACAAGAUGUCAUCUGAUGAGAGCGGCACCGAUCGAGCUUCAGAGGGUCGUGUCCAAAGGAAAGGCUCUACCUCCAUCACGAAGAACGAGAAGAAGAAGAAACGGCGGGUCCUCUUCUCCAAAGCACAAACGUUCGAACUUGAGCGAAGGUUUCGGCAGCAACGUUACUUAUCCGCUCCCGAGCGCGAACACUUCGCCCACCGCCUGAGCCUGACUCCGACUCAGGUGAAGAUCUGGUUCCAAAACCACAGGUAUAAAAUGAAGAGAGCCCAGGUAGAAGGCAGUUUGCAGGUGGAUGUAAACCAGCCUCAACUGGUCCGCAGAGUCGCAGUGCCAGUGCUGGUCAAAGAUGGCAAGCCUUGCCACACUUGCUCUAUUACUUCCAUACAGAUCCGGGACAAGCCCGGACAUACUGUUCACCUCAGUAAUUCCUUCACUGCUUUCGCAGUCCGUGGCUUCCAACAGGUGCAGCACGCUGGGCCGCUGGGCGCCUUUCCGAGUUAUCAUCACCUGACGCAUCCUGUAAUACGGAGACAACAGUGGAGCUGGUGAAUGGCAGGCACUUUGAACUCCCAAAACUUAUGCUAUUAUUUGAUUACAAAAUAAUAAUGUUAUAGUCCAGCAACUUCGUGAGUAGUGGCAUUUCCCAUAUUAUUAUAUUUUCUGCUAUGUUCUUACACAUUGCGUUUCCAGACCGCUGCCUAACUUUUCUUUUGAUCGUUUCCAGGAAUAUAACUGUUACGUGCAUAUCUUGUUUUCCAAAGGACCAUUAAAAAAAAGUAAUUUAUAGAUGUAAUAUAAUCCGGAACUAAACAAAUGAAAACGACUAUAGGUCUACAAGGUAUAGAACAUGCCAACAGCACAAGUUGCUAGUUUAUUCGUGGUAAUUUCUUUGGUCUGAAAUAGUAAAUACAGCUUGCAUUGUAUAAAUAGUUUUUGAAAGUGUGUCAAAUUACAUUUUUCAGUUUUGAUAAGAUCGAAUUUAAUGACCAAUCAGUUGUUUCGGUAUUGGUAAUUUAAAAUAUUUUUCCAGUGUAAAACAGCUAAUUAGUAUUAUAAACAUGUAACCUUUCAUUGUAAUGAAAUGUAUGUUUAGGUUAGUUGAACCUCCUCGAAUGUUAUUUAACUAAUGCCAAGUGAACAUUUACAAACCCUUUCAAAUUAUUCGAGAAUGGAACAGAAGUUUUUCAGCAUUUCGAUUGAGAAACGUGGCGUUCUAGAAGUUAGAACGGGAGUCUCUUGUGGGUGAAAAUUGUUGAUUAAAUAGUGUAUACUUCAGACGUU